AUGGCCGACAUCAAGACAGAAAAGCCUCAGCCAGAGGUUUCCGACGCUGCGGAUACGGCCGAGGCGUACACUGAGAAAGUCACGCUAUACGAGCACGACUUGGAAUUGGAACAAGCGUUGGCAAACUAUGUUCCAGAUUCUCCGGAAGAGAAGGCCCUCGUGCGGAAGCUCGACUUAUACAUGGGGCCGACGUUGUGGUUCAUGUACAUUUUAGCGUACAUCGACAGGCAGAAUAUCGGCAAUGCCAAAGUUGCUGGUAUGGAAGCAGACCUCAAACUCACAGACGACCAAUAUGCCAUGUUGCUUUCGAUCUUCUUCAUUGGUUAUCUCGUCUGCGAAGUUCCUUCGAACAUGCUGCUCACUCGAUCCCGCCCGUCGUACUACCUGCCCGGUAUCAUGAUUGUCUGGGGCACCGUAUGCUCCGUGAUGUCGGUCGUCAAGAACUACGAAGGAAUGCUGGCUCUUCGGUUCUUUCUCGGCUGCAUCGAGGCCGGAUUCUUCCCUGGUGUCUUGUACGUGAUGACUUGCUGGUACAAGAAGGCAGAAAUCGGCAAGAGGUUUUCAAUCUUCUACACCGCUUCUGUGUGCUCCGGCGCCGUGAGCGGCCUCCUCGCUGGCGCAAUCACCGGUAAUAUGGAAGGCGUUCGAGGCAUGCGAGGAUGGCGAUGGCUCUAUCUGAUUGAGGGCGUCUGCACGGUCGGGUUCGCCAUGAUUUUCAAGUUCGUGCUGCUCGACUUCCCCGAGACAACGAAGCGCUUCUCAAUGGAGGAACGGCAACUUGCCGUGGUCCGCAUGAUCCACGAUCGGCAGACGACGGCGGCGCGACACGGCCAGCGCCUCACUCACUGGCAAUCUCUCAAGGCCGCGCUGGCCGACCCGCGGACGUACAUCUUUGUGGUGCUCUUCACGAUGGACCUGGGCUCCUGCACAAUCUCCUACUUCAUCCCCACGAUCGUCAAGCAGAUGGGCUACACGUCGGUCAUGGCGCAGUACAUGACCAUCCCCAUCUGGAUGGUCGGCGCCGUCUUCCUGCUCGUGCUCUCGUACACGGCCGACAAGACGAGGGACCGCAGGUGGCACAUCACGGGGUGCAUGUGUCUCAGCUUCAUCUGCACGCUCGUCUGCGUGACCGUGUCGAACCCCAAAGUCGUGUACGCCAUGCUGUGCUUCUACAUUGCAGGCCUGUACACGGCGCUCCCGCUCAUGCUUAAUUGGACGUCCGAGGUCAUUUCGCUCCCUGCGGAAAAGCGCGCCGUGGUGGUGGCCCUGGUCAACUCUGUCGGAAAUCUCUCGGCGGUCUACGGCAGUAGGCUUUGGCCCUCGUCGGACGGGCCCCGGUUUGUAAAGGGGUUCGCGGUCACGGGUGCCUUCACCGGCUUCGGAACUAUUUUGGCGGCGCUGAUUCCUGUCAUCUUCUCUUACCUGCCCAAGGAGGGUAACACCAAGGCUGAGAAGGAGAUCUUGGCACGCGAGAGAGAGUUUGUUGAGGAUACCAGAGCCCCUGGUGAAGUUUAA